AUAAAUAUUAGGGUUUUCUUUGUAAUUGUCCCACCCUAUAUAUUUGUUUCAGCGUUCAGUGACAUUCGAUUUAGAAUCAAAACCAGCCAGCCCUAAGUGUUGAAUCGAACAAAGCUCGCCGGCAACGAUAGGCACAUGGAAUGUAGCUGAGUUCCUAACAGUUCUAUCCAGUUGCGUGAAAAGUGCACGCAGAUACAUUAGCUGCAGUAGCCGUCAAUUUCUUCUCCUUGUCUGCCAAAAUUCCUCCCAGUUCCUUAAUCCUCUCACUUUUCUUUUGAUUCAUGGGAUCCACCCCCGAGACCUCGCGUGAACCUUGCCCAGACCGUAUACUUGAUGAUGUUGGCGGCGCAUUUGGUAUGGGUGCUGUUGGAGGUGCAGCCUUCCACUUUCUCAAAGGCAUCUACAAUUCCCCAAAAGGCGAGCGGUUUAUUGGAGGCACCCAAGCGGUGCGCAUGAAUGCGCCUCGCGUAGGCGGCAGUUUUGCCGUCUGGGGCGGUCUUUUCUCCACGUUUGACUGCACCAUGGUCUAUCUCCGCCAGAAGGAGGAUCCUUGGAACUCAAUCAUCGCUGGUGCCGCCACCGGAGGUUUCCUUCAGAUGCGUCAGGGUUUGGGUGCCGCCUCAAGAUCGGCUGCUUUUGGUGGGGUGUUGCUUGCUUUGAUUGAAGGAGCUGGGAUCAUGUUGAAUAAAGUAAUGAGCGCACAACAGAAUGUCCCAAUGAUGGAGGAGCCACUCCCUAAUAUGCCAGGUGCGCCUGGAAUACCAAUGGGACAAUUGCCUGGUCAAGCUCCAGUUUCCAUUGGGGGUUUGGGAGAUGGAUCUUCGUCAUCUUCGUCCGCACCACCUUCUUCCUCUUCAUCAUGGUUUGGUGGGCUUUUUGGUGGUGGGAAGAAGCAGGAAACAGAUACGAGCAGUGGAAGCAAGACACAGGUCUUGGAGAGCUUUGAUACUCCAAGCCCUCCGACAUUCGAGUUCAAGUGAGAUUGGCAGCAAAUGUUGUGCUCUGUUGAGCCAAAAACGAAAACACUAUUUUACUAGUAGUGUAAGGCUUCUAUGUUAGUUUGUGCUUUGAAAUGUGUUUGAACUUGGAUGAUGAAGAACCUUUUACAGUUAUCUAUUUCAGGCUACUGUUAUAAUUUCCCUGUAGGAUGAAAUCUGAGCCAUUUUGCAUUUAUUUUUGUAUCCUCGUGACAUUUCUGGGUCACCUGAAUUUCCCAAGUAUCAAAAUCCAGCAUCUUUGGGCUU